UGUCUCCUUUUUACCGAUUCUCACUUCCUGCUUCCUACAACACAGCUCAGACAAAAACAAAAUGGACUAGUUUUAACUUUCAGCUAGAAAAUCAGAGCCCUUGACAGUCUUACCGCCGCACUGUUCUAUUGAAUCAUAGACAGCCGCUCAUUUAAAUGUUAUUUUUGUAGGACUUUAGGCGUCAACCAUGCAGUUCUCUCCCACCAAUGGAGACUUCACGUUCGUCUCGUCCACAGAAGCUGAAGCCCUAGAACUCAGCGGCACCAUCGACGCCCCAGAUGUCAAGCUGAACCUAGGCAGCGAUGCUGGGAAGGAUCCCUACGCCACCACGUUCCUGAGACAACGUGGCUAUGGGUGGCUUCUGGAGAUUGAGGAGGAGGAGAGCGAAGACACCAAGCCUCUCCUGGAGGAGCUGGACAUCGACCUGAAGGACAUCUUCUACAAGGUCCGCUGCGUACUGAUGCCCAUGCCCUCCUUGGGUUUCAAUCGGCAGGUGGUGAGGGACAACCCGGACUUCUGGGGCCCUCUGGCCGUGGUGCUGCUCUUCUCCAUGAUCUCCAUCUAUGGACAGUUCAGGGUGGUGUCUUGGAUAAUCACCAUUUGGAUAUUUGGCUCCCUAACCGUCUUCAUUCUGGCCCGCGUUCUUGGCGGAGAGGUGUCCUACGGCCAGGUCCUGGGUGUGAUUGGCUACUCACUUCUCCCGCUUAUCGUCAUAUCUCCACUGCUCCUGGUCAUCGGAAGCUUUGAUGUGUUCGCCACGGUUAUAAAACUUUUCGGUGUGUUCUGGGCUGCGUACAGUGCUGCAUCGCUACUCGUGGGAGAUGAGUUCAAGACCAAGAAGCCCCUUCUUAUAUACCCCAUCUUCCUUCUGUAUAUCUACUUCCUGUCACUAUAUACCGGCGUCUGAUUGGACGAGCUGCUGCUGUGGACCUUUUGUGGAAUUGGGACUUGGGAUGCAAUGAGGCUAGGCAGGAGGAUUCGUUCCACAAUACACUACAAAGCAUGGAGUUACUUAUAUUCUUUUAAACAACUGGUUUUUUUUUUAUACAACUGUCAAAAUCCUAUAAGGUGGAAAUAUGAUGUUGAAGUUAGAUAUUGGUGUAUAUACUUGUGUCUGUUAGGCUUAUGUUAAAUAAAAAAACAAAGAAGUAGAACCAUGUACAGGUUUAAACGGAAAAAAGCUGCCAUCAGUUCACUUCGGCAUCCUCUGAAUAAACCCUGUUGUAAUAUAGUAAUCCAGACAUCCGGAAGCUAGUAUCACUAAAAUUAGAUUAUUUUGUUCCGAUUUUAUUAUAUAUUUUGCGUUUGUUCUUAGCAAUUUAAAAUUGUGGUGCCAAAUUCUCGAAGUUCGUUUUGAAAUCGUGAAAGAUGGCAUGAGUGAGUUCUGCUAAAGGAAGAAGUGGUGUUGAUCUUAAAAAAAAAGGCAAUUUAUUAACUUUUUCUUUACAACAUAUAUUUUUCUUAACUUAUUGAAUAUCACCUGGGAUAGGGAAAAAGCUGGAACGCUUUCAGUGAAUUAAAACAUUGUCUUCUUAUUUCCCCCCCUGCUGCGUCAUCUUUUGGAAGACUGCUUUCACAAAUGUUACAUAUUUUGAUGUCCUCAUUCCCCAAAUUAGGACAUUCUCUCUAUUUUGAAUCUCCUGAAUCUCCUGAGUUUAAUUGUUAGGAAUUUGAUUUGUGUGGAAUGUGUCUGUGCAGGAAAGACAAAAAGAAAAUAAACAAACAAAUGCAACAAGUUUAUUGAUUAUAACAAGGUUAUCAUGGUUCCAUUCUCAAAUGGUCUCACAUACCCAAUUAAAAGACAUCCCUCACCCAAGCCCUCCUAUUUUCUACCUCCUCCAGAGGUAGAAACCUUGAUCACACUAGAAAAAUGUCCUCAUUCCAGGAAUAGUGAAAUGGGCCAACGUAUAAUUGUAUACAAUAUUCAACAUGUUAUAUACCAUAUUUCAGGGUAGAUGAAGUUCACAUUUCAAUGCCAUUAUCAUUGAGUGGUGAACUUACUGAGAGAAUGAAAAAAAAAAUGACAGGGUAAAUGAAGUUCACAUUUCAAUGCAAGCAUCAUUGGGUGGUUAACUUCCUGAGAGAAUGUAAAAAAAACAACAACAUUGUGUUGGGAGUGUAAUCUAGCAAUACAGAAAACUCUUAUUUUGAGAAUGGUUAUGAAUAAGACAAGGGUUAGUUACUUAGUAAACUGUGUUGUCUCUGAACAUGUGAAGACUUCAAAUUAAAGACAACUACUAAUUCAAAUGUAUUUUUUGUGUUUCACUCACUGCUAA